ACAACACAGCUUCAAUACUAACGAGGAGAAAUGGUUUUCGGAGACAGGAGCAAUCCGUUUACUAUCUACCAAUUUUCAUUGUGGACAGUGGCUCUCCCUCACUCAGCAGCACCAACACCCUCACCAUCCGUGUCUGUGACUGUGAUGCUGAAGGCAUCGCCCAGACCUGCAAUGCAGAGGCCUACGCCUUACCUGCUGGCCUCAGCACAGGAGCCCUGAUAGCAAUACUCGCCUGCAUCCUGACGCUACUGGUGUUGAUCCUCCUUAUCGUCACUAUGAGAAGAAGGAAAAAAGAGCCCCUCAUUUUUGAUGAAGAGAGAGAUAUUAGAGAAAACAUCGUUAGAUAUGAUGAUGAGGGUGGGGGAGAGGAAGACACUGAAGCCUUUGACAUGGCAGCACUGAGAAACCUCAACGUCAUUCGAGACACCAAGACCAGGAGGGAUGUGACUCCAGAAAUUCAGUUCUUGAGUCGACCAACUUUUAAAAGCAUCCCAGAUAAUGUCAUUUUUCGGGAAUUUAUUUGGGAGAGACUGAAAGAAGCUGAUGUGGAUCCAGGUGCUCCCCCCUAUGAUUCUUUGCAGACAUAUGCAUUUGAAGGAAAUGGCUCAGUUGCUGAAUCACUCAGUUCUUUAGAUUCCAUCAGCUCAAACUCUGAUCAGAAUUAUGACUACCUAAGUGACUGGGGACCUCGCUUCAAACGACUGGCAGACAUGUAUGGAACUGGGCAAGAGAGUUUGUACUCAUAGCCUUGAAACCUUAACUUAAAAUGUACUGAAGAAAAAGUAACAGCAAAAAACUAUACUACAUAUAGAAAGCAAGAACUCCACUUGCUGGGAAAAAGUGGUUGUAAAUAUUCCUCCAUUUUUAACUGUUUAGAUUUCUGCCUUGGUGAAGGAUAUCUGUGUUAGACUUAUCCAAGGGACUGCACUGACCGCAGACUCUGAGCAUUUGAAGGUUUUUUGAUAAAAAGAAAUGCUCAGUGGUUUGUGAAUAGAUAGCAACUCUCAUAUACCUGCAAAGGCACCUAACCUCUAUGAGUAAGCAGUGCCCGGGAUGUCAGUGAGCCAAGGAUGCCCUGUAUGUACCUUCAUGGUACUGUCAGUGAGAAUACAACAGGAUAUGCCAUUGAAAAUCCAGAAUUUCUUGCAUAUCAAAACUAGGGACAAAUUUAAUUUGUGGUGAUGCUUUUAGCUUGCUAUGUGAUAGAAUUCAGCAGAAUUUUAUUGCUGUGGGUUAGCAAAAAAUAUUUAAUUUAGCAAUAUAUAAAUUUUCAGAAGAUCUUUCUCAAAUGAAAACCCUCCAAUAAAAACCAGUGAAAUUUGAUUUAAGGCAGCAUAAACCAUUGUUUUGCCAAUAAAUUAUAUGAAGUAUUUCAAAUAAGAGAAAGGUAAAUGAUUCUUCAAGUUUGGAAUAGUUUUGAGAUGCUUGUGUAGGUAUGUUAAGAAAAAAGUUGCUGUCUAUUCGUUGAUUUUUACUAUCUCUUCUGAUUUGUACAGGAGAAUAUCUUUUCAUUUUUUAUUUGACACAUAGUGUUAUAUUUAUUUUGGAGCUCCAAUCUCCACUAAAUUCAGGUCCAUCUUACUGCCUGGUAGUAUUAAACUCAUCAGAACAUGCUGGUUUUUCUCCAGCUUGAGCUACAUGAAGGAGAUGAAGUAUAUAAUAAAUGGGGAAAAAAUAGUACAGCAAUUGAGCCCCAUCUCAGUUCACAUCUCAAAGAGGAGCACAGCUACAAGGACAUACAAAUUGUUCUUCUGAGCCAUUAGAAUGUACAAAACCACUGGAAUAAAAUAUUUGUAUUUCAGAAAG